GAUAGAUGCAUUCAACACGUAAUAUUUGGUUGUAAGGGUUUUUUAAAAAGCCGGUUCCUUUCACGUAUGUUUCAAACUGCAGCUAUAUAUACCGGAGGCUGAUUAUGUUUAUUAUCAGUCAACUAAUAUCGUUUAACAAAUACACAUAGGUACAAAUUAGCCAUGAAGGGUGUUACCAUAAUUGCCUUCCUAGUCAUUUCAGUAGCCGCAGUCUAUGGCCAAGGUGGUGGUUACGGAGGACAUGAACUACCAGGCCUAGACUUAGGUGGACACGGACACGAUCACCAUGUACAAGAAUAUAUUGACUACAGGGCUCCUCCACAUUACCAUUACGACUAUGCAGUUCAUGAUUUGAAACACCACGACAUCAAGAGCCAAUACGAAGUCAGGAAAGGUAAAGAAACGAAAGGUCGUUACGAACUUCUUCAACCUGACGGUAGAAAGCGUAUCGUAGAAUAUGUUGCCGGAAAGCACGGUGUCGACUACAAAGUCAGGUACGAAGGUAAAUCAAUUCAUGGAGGCAUCGGUGCAUUAGGAGGAAGCUACUAGGAGAAUUAUGGAGAUUUAUGGUAUCAUUAGACUGGACCUACGAAGUUACCUAUGUUGUAUGUUGUUAAUUGUUGUAUUAUAUUAGGUUAAGUUGUUU